AUGGCAGGAUUAUCUAAUUUUUUCAAACGUUUACAAUCAUUAUUUGAGGAUGAUAUCACAUUAAAUGGGAAUGAUUCAAGUAUGUAUUAUAUAAAAUUUUCUUCAUUGGAACAUCCUGCAGUUCCUAAGGAUGAUUAUAAAAAAUAUACUAAUACAUAUAAUUUAAUGAAUAUUGUUCUAAGAUAUUGUCAAAGACCAAAGCUAAAUUUAAUAAAAUCUCCACCAAAUAUUUUAGAAAUUAUUCCUAAUAUACAUAUUCAUUUAAAUUUAAUUAUUAAAAAUGAUCCAUAUAUAUAUUCAUCAAAUGGAUAUUUUCGUAUAUUUAUAGGAAAUUUGGAGGCAAAAUGUUUAAAAGUUAUUAGGUUAUUUAAAGAAAAUAAAGAUUCAAUAUAUGAUAAAGCAUCUUUAGCUAGAUUAAAAUUAACUAAACAUAUUUUAACUUUUUCUCAUAUGUACUAUGAAUUAAUUGCUCUCUCUCCUGAGGGUAGUUUUGAUAUUGAUUAUAGAAUAACAAAAUUAGAUGCUGAUGGAUUUUGGAAAGAAAAUUUUAAAGAUAAAACUAUUGUUUCAUGGGAUGAAUUUCAACCUAUCCUUAAAAAUAUUCAUUAUUUUGAGGAAAAUUGUGAAGAAUCUAAUUGUUUAAAAAAAACUAUGGAUUUAACAUCAAGUAAUUAUAUAUCAAAAUUUGAAUUUGAUGUUUUUACAAGACUAUUUCAACCAUGGUCAAAUUUAUUAGAUAAUUGGAGAGUUUUGGCACUUAAACAUCCUGCAUAUGGAAGUUUUUUAACAUAUGAUCAAGUUAGAUUAAUUUUAUCCAAUUAUAUCUCAAAACCUGGUAGUUAUAUGUUUAGAUUAAGUUGUACACAAUUAGGUAAUUGGGCUAUUGGUUAUGUUGCCCCUAAUAAAAAUAUUUAUCAAACUAUUCCUACAAAUAAAUCACUUAUACAAGCAUUAGUUGAUGGGUAUCGAGAAGGAUAUUAUUGUUUUCCAAAUGGUCAAAAUGAUAAUCCUGACCUUGAAAAAGAAUUAAAUUCAUUUACUCAAGGAAAGACUGUUCAUGUGACAGAGGAAGAAUUUGAAAUGUAUUGUUCUAUUGGUAGUACUUUUGAAAUAUGUAAAAUUUGUGAUGAAAAUGAGAAAGACCUUCGAAUUGAACCUUGUGGUCAUUUAAUUUGUAAGACAUGUUUAAGUAGUUGGCAAAGAAAUAUUAUUGGUGGAAAAAAUUGUCCCUUCUGUAGAUGUGAAAUCAGAGGAGCUGAGGAUGUUAAAAUUAAAAAGUUUCAAAAUAGUAGUGGAAAGAUAGUAAAGUGA